CACAAUGCAUUGCUCUUCCAACAUGGCGCGUAGCAGCUUGACUCCUGUCAACAAGAUCCAAGCACGGCUUUAAGGGUCAACGGACUGUGCAGCGAGCUCGGUAACAGUAGCAGAGACGGGAGGAUGAGACAGUGGCUGUCGGUGUUAAACGGAGUGCAGAGAGCCGCUGUUAGCAGCCGCCGCCGGAGCUCCUGUGCCCGCAGCGGCCUCUCCCCCUGCGGCCAUCCCGCUCUGAUCGUCGGGUCAAGCCGGGAGCUGGUGCAGAGACUGGGCUCACAGGUGGAGGUGAGGACGGGCUUCAUCACUGAGGAGGAGGAAGGAGCUCUUCUGAGAGAGCUGGAGCCAGGCCUGAAGAAGAAACGCUACGAGUUCGACCACUGGGACGAUGCUAUUCACGGGUACCGAGAGACUGAGCGUGUGACGUGGGGAGCGGCGUGUGAGGAAGUCCUGAGUCGUGUCCGCUCCGUAGCGUUUCCUGAGGGUGGUCCACUCCUCGGGCCUGUGCACGUUCUAGAUCUGGACAAGACUGGCUACAUCAAGCCUCACAUUGACAGUGUCAAGUUCUGUGGCAGCACCAUUGCUGGGUUGAACCUCCUGUCAGACAGUAUCAUGCGCUUGGUGAAGGAGGACGCCGCCAACGAAUGGCUGGAACUGCUGCUGCCCCGCCGCUCCCUCUACAUACUGAGGGACCAGGCCAGAUUCAACUUCACUCACGAGAUCCUGAAAGACGAGGAGUCUGUGUUCAACGGACAGAGGGUUCCUCGGCUGCGUCGUAUCUCCGUCAUCUGUCGGAACCUUCCGGGCUAACAACCACUUCAGCUGUUUUUAGUUAAUAUAUUGUUAUAAUACAAAUCCACAGGGUAGCGUCCAGGACAUUUAUUGUAGUUGAGACACUCAACUAUACGUAUAUGUAUACUGUGCUAUUGAGAAAUAUCGAUUGGGUUGUACUAAAAUGAUCUGUUUGUCUGUGUCCAUAUUUUCAAGGAUCACAAUCAACUGAAUGAGCCCAUUAUUAUGAGUCUGAUUUAAAUAAACCUUCCACUGCAGAUGCACCGUCUUGACUGUGGUCAGUUACCACUCACUGCUGGAAAGGAUGUCCGCUUUAAAGGUUUAAAAUACUUGUUCAUACAUAUGUUGGUUCAACAUUAAAAGCAGGCGGCAAGGGAAGGGAUUCUGAGUCAUGUUUAUAUGUAUUACCAUCACUUUGAUGUGUGCCUCUACUUAUGUAUAAUUUCUGUAUAAUACAGAGACUGAAUAGUUUUAAUACAAAAUUAAAGUGAACUUGGAUGCAAUAAAGGAUUUUCUGGGUUUAAUGUGAA